AUGACACGAGAAACAAAAAUUUCUGAAAGUGAGACUCCUACUAAGGCCGUUCUGGAAACGAAUCCCAGAGGUAUUCCUAAGGUUCAAUUUGUAGAAAAUGUUGAAGAGGUUAUUGGUAAAACUUCAGCGCCAGUUGAGGUUACUCUGAGUAAAUUCCAGGAAACUGUCGCAAAAUAUAAGUUCAUGGAAAUCAAUUUCCUUAACCGAAAGAAGGCCCUCGAGUUAAAAAUACCUGAAAUCAAUAAGACUUUAACAGUUGUAGAAUUCUUGAUAUCAAAACAAGAUUCCAAUGAGCCUAUAGAGACAACAUUUGAAUUGAGUGACACGUUGUGGGCUAAUGCUAAAGUCAAAUCUACAAAAACUGUUAAUUUAUGGCUUGGGGCCAACGUGAUGCUCGAAUAUACAUUACAAGAAGCAAAGGAGCUACUUGAAGGUAAAUUGGCUACAGCUCAAACUUCACUGAAAAAUGUAUUGGAAGAUUUGGAAUUUUUACGAGAACAAGUUACUACAAUGGAAGUUAAUAUUGCACGUGUAUUUAAUUGGGACGUUAAAAGACGUAGAACAUUAAAGGCAACUAAUACCGCUUAA